AUGGAAAGGCUCCUCGGCGAGGUUCUGCCAGGAAAGACCAUUUACUCUCCUGUCUGUAAACCUCAGUGCCUGGGAGCGCCCGAUGCCGAGACCGUCCGCACUCUAUCCUGCCGUCCAAGCGUGCUGGUUCUUUGUAGAUUUUACCUAUUUUAUUCCUCACACGCAAUGCCCCGUUCCGGCCGAUCCCAGUUCUGGCCCCCCUGCUCUCGUCUCAUCCGGUGUGAGGACCGGACUCGACCCAUCCCAAUACUGGAUACUCAGAGCGCGCUGGACGUGAUAGCAUCCUCACCUAGGAGUCAGGCUUCAGUCUCAGAUCCCUCUAUAUUCUUACCGAGUUCACAGUGCAUGCCGCUCUCCGACAUGGGGAUCGCGAGGCAAAUUAGUGAUAUGGUGCCCGCCCGUGUUGCGCUGGCACUAAUCAGCGCGCUGGGUGCCACCAUGAUCUACAUGAUAAGGAUCAACCUCUCCGUCGCCAUCGUCGAUAUGGUGAUCACUGUCUCAGCCACGGACGCGUCGAGUCGAACCAAUGUCGUCCCGCACUGCUUUGAGGGCCAGGAAAGUGAUAUAAACAAGACGGAGAAUGGCCAUUUAAAUAUCAAGAAUCUUCUAGAUGUUAAGAACAUGACUUCUAAUAAACUAAAUUUUUCUGACGAACAGUAUACGGACAAGCUAUUCCUGACGAGCGGGCAACGAGGAUCUGUCUUGGCUGCCUUUUUCUAUGGAUAUUUUCUGACAGGGAUCAUCGGCGGACGACUUGCGGAAACCUACGGAACCAAAGUCGUCCUUGGAACCUCAGCCUUCAUGGGGAGCCUCCUUACCCUGCUGACUCCCGUGGCCGCGCGCACGCACUACAUUGCCCUCAUUGUGCUCCGGGUUGCCAUGGGGUUGGCGCAGGGCGUGUCAUAUCCUGCCAUGCAUGCAAUGGUUGCAAGGUGGGUUCCGCCAUCCGAGAGACCGAGGUUCACUGCUUUUGUUUACAUGUCCAGCUGUAUCGGCAUCAUAGUAACCAUGCCUAUGUGUGGUUUCAUUAUCGACUCCGUGGGAUGGCCAGCUGUGUUCUACGUCUGCGGGUGUAUCUCCCUCCUGUGGGUGUUCCUGUGGGUGGGUCUCAUGCACGAGAGUCCCCUUGUACACCCUAGGAUAUCCGUCGAGGAACGAGAGUAUAUCCUGGACAGCAUCAAAGCAGGAGUGUCUGGAACGAAGCCAACCCACGUACCUUGGAAGCAGAUGUUAUCCAGUUCCGCUUUCUGGGCAACGAUCGUAGGUCACACGGGGAGCAUGUACGGCUGGAACCUUCUUGUGACUCAGCUGCCCACCUUCGUCAACAGCGUCUUGGGCUUCUCCAUCAAGAACAACGGUUUGCUCUCCUCCCUUCCCUUCCUGACGCGCUACCUCGGUGGGAACGGCCUCAGCUGGCUCGGAGACCUCCUGGUGGCCCGGGAGUGGCUGCAGAAGAGGAAUUCUCGCCGACUGUUCACUUCUAUAGGCUUGUGUGUCCCCGCCGUGAUGCUGGCCAUUGUAGGAUACGUGGGAUGCAACAGCGCGGCCGCCAUCACCAUCCUAUGUAUCGGAACGUUCUCCAAUGGCGCGACUGUAUCCGGAUACGUGGCCAACCAGCAUGAUAUUGCGCCCAACUUCGCCGGUACUAUGUUGGGCAUUAGCAAUAUGUUCGCCUUCGCUGGAGCUAUGUUGGCUCCUAUUAUAGUAGGAGUUAUGACACCUGAUCAGACUCCGAGCCAGUGGCAGUCGGCGUUCUGGGUGGCCGCUGUGAUCUACGUCAUCGCUGCGACCUUUUUCUUUUUCGCGUGUUCCUCCGAGUUGCAACCUUGGAACUUCGUGGGUUCCGGAGGCGCGGAGGGAGCCAAGGAGAGAGAGGAGGGCAUGACCUUCCUGCGGGAGAGGCAGAAGGUGCAGGUGGUGGGCAAGAAAGAUCGGAGUACGCAUUGUUAAGUUCUGGAAGAAGUAGGCCUAUAGAUUUUUUUUUUCUUGUUAGGUAGGCUUCAAAAUAUUUUUCUUUUUAUAAAAUGUUUUUUCUUUCAAUUUGUUUUUGAUCGAAUAAAGUGAUUUGUCUAGAAUCAUCUAUUGAGCAAUUCUUUUGUGAUGAAUUUAACUAUAUCUUUGUAAAAUAUUCAUUGCACCGGAAUAUUGUAUUUAAGCUUUUAUUUUAGCUCAUCAGAUGUCUUUGAUAUUUUUUCUAUAUAGUAAAUAAAUAAGAACAUAUACGAAAUAGAUGUAAAAAAAAAAUCCUAAAAACCUUUAUGCCUUAUGUACAGAUAAAUGGAGCAUGUUUCUAACACACUUAGCCAAACGACCCAACCUCCAGAUGACGUGUGUGUAGACCAUUUCCCAGACCCCCCCCCCCCCCCCUCCUCUCCCCCUCCCUCCUUCUCCCUCUCCCUCUCCCUGACGAAGAGGAUGAAACACGCCACUGUAAUACAUUUUCCCUACCUUUCCAUCUCACAAAAUUUCGAUUCAUGAUUAACCUUUCACGCGUCUACAGCCACUCUGGUAUCUUUCUGUUUGCAAUAAAUAUAUCCAUAAGCUUAAACUAUA